AUGGAACUUUCCAUGUGCGGUGGUCCUGAUGUCCCUGCUCACCAGCCUGCUCCGCCCGGAGGGGUGAGCAGCGGGGCUUCGAGCCCCGCAACCCCGUCCACCCCCACACAUGACGACAACCACCGCGACUUGUUGAGUACGUUACUAUGGUCAAGCGUAAGUUCGCUCAGCAACAGCGAGGAGAGCCUCAGCUCCGACUCCACUGCGCCCGCGCACCCCAUACAUCGGGAGGAGACAAUCCGUAAGAUCUUGGAGCGCAAGGACUCGAAGGCAGUGAAGAUCGACCUUAAGAUAUAUCUCACUGAGAACACCUUUACACGAUGGGAAGCUGUGGUGAAAGGCAACACGAUGUACCUGCGUGUGCCUGGCGUGCUUCAGUCCGGAAGCAAGGAGAGCUUCAUGCUGCUCUUGGACUUCGCUGAGGAGAGGCUUCGAUGCUCCAACUGCAUAAUCUGCGUGCUGAAGUCUCGCCCCGACAGGGCCACCCUCCUGCGCACCUUCAUGUUCAUGGGCUUCCAGCUGCUGCCCCCCGGCUCCCCCCUCGCCGCUGACAUCGCGAACCCGGCCUACGUCUUCCUGCACUACAAUAUGCAGUAG